AUGAAGAAGUCAACUUCCAAAAACAAGCCCUACUACUACCUUCAUGGUCGACCUGGGCCCGCGGCGUCAUUACCGACGGCACAAGUCGAACAAAAAUACGAUCCAGGAUCAGGGCAGGUCUACCAAGAAAAAGAAAUACGCUUCUCCAGCAAGAGGAACACCGACUGGGCCCGAGAGCGAGUUGGCCGAGAUCUCGCUCUGAAGGAUCGUCCCCCAAAGAAAGGCACGCGUUCGCUGGCCGAAACCGCCACGUUCGAGCUCGCUAGACAUUGCGAAGAUCUUACGCCGGAGCAUUUUGCAUCUGUUCCUUGGUCCAUAGCCCGACGGGUCUGGGACCGUUUAGUGUCAAGAGGUCGUCACAGCUUUUACAUCUGGAGAAUAUUCGCAGUGUCGUACCCAGGGGCAGAUGAAUUCGGACAUCCUGAUUAUAGGCAUCGAGUGGACAUACUACACCCUGUCUUGCCAUAUACCGACUAUUUCACGGGCAUCACAUCCAAUGGGCUGCAUUGGUUAGCGUGUCUCCGCGUCUCACCGAAGCAGAUGAGCACGCCGGACGUUGUCUCCAUUCACAAAGUCACCAACCUCGCUGUUCUGGAUCUAUCCGACGGGCAAAUUAGCCUUGACAAUCGUACAUCGCCGUUCGACGAACGAAUAAUGCGGUCGUGGGCAGAACUCGCCGAGGCAGGGCAGGCGUUUCAGCAUCUACGAGUCGUCCUAUUUGGAUGGCAAGAACACGUAUGCAAGUGGAUAUUCAAGUAUGUCGAUGCAUUCCCGUCCCUGUGCCAUAUCAUUGUCACAGACUGUCCCAGGAUGCAUCAGAAGAACAGACGGGAAUGGGAGCCCUUUUCGACAGCCGCUGGCUGGGAAGCGAGACAUGCGAAGCGGAGUGCGAAGGAUCUGAGGCCUGUCAUCGAGCGUGGCCAUGGCGGAAAGGGUUAUAUUUGCGGCCUCUAUGAUGAGAGUGCGCAUGUCUUUGAAGACGUCGUUCACCCACGGCGGCCAGACUUGACGGCGGAGGGACUGCCACUGCUGGACGCCGAGAUUGGGACACCACGUCCGUGGCGACACAUCGUCGACGACUUUCCGUCGACAAGAACAAUCCUCUUCGACAACGUGAAGACAAAGGCCUGGGAGGAGCAAAUACAAGGCUCGCGUGUUGUCGAGGUUCCUCAGAGCAAGAGGUUGAGAAAUCAAGAAGGGCCGAGUCAAGGCACAGCUUCACCCCCAGCGAAGCGAAGCGUUCAUCCGGCCGGGCCCAGGACAAGGCCAGGUGUCAAGAGUGCCGGAGACCUCCUCAAAGAGUUCCUGCCCCGAUGA